CUGGUACACAGUCCAAAUUUUACGCGGCGCGCUACGGGCCGAAACACCGAGAAUGAAUAUCCCGGUCUCAACCGGUUUCAACCGGUCCGUGGUUGGAAGCAUGAGCCUAGAGGAAGAGCAGACACGCUUUAAAACACCUCCGCUGCUCCACGGUGUUCGCGAACAGAGCCAGAAAUAAACACGAGACUAUUCCACGGCGUGAUUGUUACCCGAGACAGCACUCCAAGAGUGACUCCUGUGAAUAUGUGCCGUUAGCUUUAGCCAGACCCGAAACAACAUUGACUUUUCCAUUAGCAAGCUAGGUUGCUAAUCAGCCUUGUGGGAGUUGGCUGUGGUCACUGUGUGGAGUUAAAAGUGGCUGAAGGCAGAAAACAAACAAACAACGCUGGGGUUUAAACUACAAGAACAGUUUUGUGUUAUUAUUUUUUUGACAGUCUCGGUAAAUACUAACAUUUUAAUCAACUGGUGUCACCUCGGAAAAGCUAGCAUUAGCUUUCGACUAGCGGCAGAGUAAACUAGUGCCAUGAGAUAAAAGUGUUCCGUGUUGAAGAAGAAGAUCUUUAGUUUUUAAACGUCUCUCUUUCAGCGACACAAUCAACAUUCAACUGUGAAGAGCUGCGCCCUGAACAUAGCAGAAACUCUAUGCCAGCAGAGAUGUUGUCAGAUCAUCCAGCCAGACAACUGCUGGACUUCAGUCAGAAACUGGACAUCAACCUCUUGGACAAUGUUGUAAACUCCAUGCACCAUGACAUUGGUUCCCAGCAACGGAUGGCCCAGGAAGUGCUGACGACCUUGAAGGACCAUCCGGACGCAUGGACGAGGGUGGACACCAUCCUGGAGUUUUCUCAGAACAUGAAAACCAAGUAUUAUGCACUGCAGAUUCUGGAGACAGUCAUUAAAACACGCUGGAAGAUUCUCCCGAGGAAUCAGUGUGAAGGAAUCAAGAAAUAUGUAGUUGGCUUAAUAAUCAAGACUUCCUCGGAUCCUUCAAACAUGGAGAAGGAGGGAGUUUACAUUUCAAAACUCAACAUGAUCCUCGUACAGAUCCUGAAGCAGGAGUGGCCCAAACACUGGCCCACAUUCAUCAGUGACAUCGUGGGCGCGAGUCGCACGAGUGAGAGCCUCUGUCAGAACAACAUGAUCAUCCUCAAACUGCUCAGCGAGGAGGUCUUUGACUUCUCCAGUGGCCAGAUGACGCAGGUGAAGGCCAAGCACCUCAAAGACAGCAUGUGCAACGAGUUCUCUCAGAUAUUCCAGCUGUGCCAGUUUGUCAUGGAUAACUCCCAGAAUGCACCUCUGGUACACGCCACACUGGAGACUCUCCUCCGCUUUCUGAAUUGGAUUCCUUUAGGUUACAUCUUUGAGACCAAACUCAUCAGCACGUUGGUCUACAAGUUCCUGAACGUGCCCAUGUUUCGCAACGUGACACUCAAGUGUUUGACGGAGAUCGCCGGCGUGAGCGUCAACCAGUACGAGGAGCAGUUUAUCAACCUGUUCACACUCACCAUGGGCCAGCUCAAACAGAUGCUGCCUCUGAACACAAAUAUCAGAGUGGCCUACGCCAACGGGAAGGACGACGAGCAGAACUUCAUCCAGAACCUCAGCCUGUUCCUCUGCACCUUCCUCAAAGAACACGGGCAGCUCAUCGAGAAGAGGGCCAACAUGCGAGAGUCGCUCAUGGAGGCGCUGCACUUUAUGCUGCUGGUGUCCGAGGUGGAGGAGACGGAGAUCUUCAAGAUCUGCCUGGAGUACUGGAACCACCUGGCAGCAGAGCUCUACAGGGAGAGUCCCUUCUCCAGCACCCCCAUCCUGUCUGACGUCCCACCGCGCAGACACUUCUUCCUACCUGUGCUGUCCCAGGUCCGUUUGCUGAUGGUGAGCCGCAUGGCCAAACCAGAGGAAGUUCUGGUGGUGGAAAACGACCAGGGCGAGGUAGUCAGGGAGUUCAUGAAGGACACAGACGCCAUCAACCUCUACAAGAACAUGAGGGAGACUCUAGUGUACCUGACUCAUCUGGACUAUGCUGACACUGACCGUAUCAUGACGGAGAAGCUCCACAGUCAGGUGAACGGUACCGAGUGGUCGUGGAGGAACCUGAACAUGCUGUGCUGGGCCAUCGGCUCCAUCAGCGGGGCAAUGCACGAGGAGGACGAGAAGAGGUUCCUGGUCACGGUCAUAAAGGACCUGCUUGGGUUGUGUGAACAGAAGCGAGGUAAAGACAACAAGGCCAUCAUCGCCUCCAACAUCAUGUACAUUGUCGGACAGUAUCCUCGCUUCCUUCGAGCUCACUGGAAGUUCCUGAAGACCGUCGUCAACAAGCUGUUUGAGUUCAUGCACGAAACCCAUGACGGCGUCCAGGACAUGGCGUGCGACACCUUCAUCAAAAUCGCUCAGAAGUGCCGGCGUCAUUUUGUGCAGGUGCAGGUGGGAGAGGUGAUGCCCUUCAUCGACGAGAUCCUCAACAAUAUCAACACCAUCAUCUGUGACCUGCAGCCGCAGCAGGUGCACACGUUUUACGAGGCGGUGGGCUACAUGAUCGGGGCUCAGACGGACCAGGCCGUCCAAGAGCUCCUCAUAGAGAAGUACAUGAUGCUGCCAAACCAGGUGUGGGACAGCAUCAUCCAGCAGGCCACCAAGAACGUAGACAUUCUGAAGGACGCGGAGACGGUGCGUCAGCUGGGCAGCAUUCUGAAGACCAACGUCAGAGCCUGUAAAGCCGUGGGUCAUCCCUUCGUCGUCCAGCUGGGACGAAUCUACCUGGACAUGCUCAACGUCUACAAGUGUCUGAGUGAAAACAUUUCCUCAGCCGUGCAGACCAACGGUGAGAUGGUGACCAAACAGCCUCUGAUCCGGAGCAUGAGGACGGUGAAGAGAGAGACGCUGAAGCUGAUCUCAGGCUGGGUCAGUCGCUCCAACGACCCUCAGAUGGUGGCAGAGAACUUUGUGCCCCCCCUGCUGGAGGCCGUGCUCAUCGACUACCAGAGGAACGUCCCGGCUGCCCGCGACCCCGAGGUCCUCAGCACCAUGGCGACCAUCGUCAACAAACUGGGUGUCCACAUCACGGCAGAAAUCCCCAAGAUCUUUGACGCCGUCUUUGAGUGCACUUUGAAUAUGAUCAACAAGGACUUUGAAGAAUUCCCAGAGCACAGAACACAUUUCUUCUACCUGCUUCAAGCUGCCACCUCCCAGUGCUUCCCGGCCUUCCUGUCCAUCGCCCCGGCCCAGUUCAAACUCAUCCUGGACUCCAUCAUCUGGGCCUUCAAGCACACCAUGAGGAACGUGGCCGACACAGGUCUCCAGAUCCUCUACACUCUGCUGCAGAACGUGUCUGCAGAGGAAUCGGCAGCACAGAGUUUCUACCAGACCUACUUCUGUGACAUCCUGCAGCACAUCUUCUCUGUGGUCACCGACACCUCGCACACUGCAGGUCUGACCAUGCAUGCCACCAUCUUGGCCUAUAUGUUCAACCUGGUGGAGGAGGGGAAGGUGAGCGUGGCGCUGAACGCCGUCAGCUCCGCCAACAACCAGGUGCACGUCCAGGAGUACAUCGCUAACCUGCUGAAGACGGCCUUCCCUCACCUGCAGGAUGCUCAGGUGAAGGUGUUUGUCACAGGUUUGUUCAGCCUCAAUCAGGACAUCCCAGCCUUCAAGGAGCACCUGAGGGACUUCCUAGUGCAGAUCAAGGAGUUUGCCGGGGAGGACACGACGGACCUGUUCCUGGAGGAGAGGGAGACAUCUCUGCGUCAGGCCCAGGAGGAGAAACACAAGAUCCAGUUGUCUGUGCCUGGAAUCCUCAACCCCCAUGAGCUGCCAGAGGAGAUGGCCGACUGAAGCAGCAGCAGCAGCAGCAGCAGCAGCAGCAGCAGCGAGUGCCCAGUGUACACAGAACAAAUGUGAAGGAAGGAAACGUCAUGAGUUCAACGACACUUCCUGUCCAUGUGUUUGUCUGUUUUUGUUUGUGUGCAAAAGGAGGAGGGGCCACAUCAAAAGAGCCCAGCACUCGGUUGACCAAAUCAAUGUCGAUAUGUAAAUGAGAACAGCGCCCCCUCCCUCCCUCUCUCACUCUUCUUUUAUAAAAGUGAUCCAGUUUUUUUUUGACGUGUUGUCUUUGGUUUGUUCUUUGAUACUUUGUGUUUGCUCCUGUGCUUCUGUUACUCCUGCAUGAAGUUGAAAGAAUUCAAGGUUAUUUUUUAAAAUCACAGUUAACCCCACCCCCCUUCUGGCUCCACCCCUUGUUAAUAUGUAAUAUAUGUUGAAAGUGUUGCAGUGGUUAGUUGAUUGCUCUGGUUUGAGAACCAUGAACACAGCGCAGAAUGAAUGUGAUGUAAACAUGUUACUU